GAAGGCGUCAAAAAUCGCCAAUGUUACGACCUUGUUUUCUGCUCGAAAAUCUUUGAGAGGAAGACGGGAACUGGAUAUUUACAACUCUAGCCCAGGGUUUAUUCAUCCCCUUCUCCGAUUUUCCUCUUCUCUUUCUCCAAUUUACAAUAUUUAUUUUCCUUUUUUUUUUCCUUUUUCUCUCACCAAAUUCUGUAGUGAAACGAAGAUCACAACAUGAGACUCUUGGAGAUUAGGGUUUUUUGGAUACUCUUCCUUUUGAUUAGUCGCUCCGGUUUCUCUCUCGGUGAGGACUCCAAUAAUAAAUUCCGUCAACGAAAGGCCACCGAUGACGAGCUUGGUUAUCCCGAUAUGGAUGAAGAUGCCUCGUUGAACACACAAUGCCCUAGAAAUUUAGAACUUAGAUGGCAAACGGAGGUCAGCUCCAGCAUUUAUGCAACUCCGUUAAUCGCUGAUAUCAAUAGUGAUGGGAAGCUUGAUAUAGUGGUUCCUUCUUUCCUUCACUACCUUGAAGUUCUAGAAGGUUCUGAUGGCGACAAAAUGCCAGGUUGGCCUGCUUUUCACCAGUCAACCGUGCAUUCUAGUCCUCUCUUGUAUGAUAUUGAUAAAGAUGGUGUGAGGGAAAUUGCUCUAGCUACCUACAAUGGUGAAGUGCUUUUUUUCAGGGUUUCAGGGUACUUGAUGACUGAUAAAUUGGAGGUACCUCGUAGAAAAGUUCGAAAAGAUUGGCAUGUGGGGUUGCAUCCUGAUCCGGUGGACCGUUCUCAUCCAGAUGUUGAUGAUGAUUUACUAAUCCAGGAGGCUGCUAAAAUGAAUGCUGUGAACCAAACAAAUAAAACUAUACCUGAAUCUAACCUCGCUGAGCCAACACUAAUAGGCAACCACUCUAGCAAGGUUAACUUGUCUGAGGCAGUGAAUGAAAAGAAAACGAAUGGAAGUCAAAUAGAAGAUACCAUCAAGCUGCCUACUAGUGUUGAUAAUCCUUCUGGGAACACUGGAUCAGUGGGAAGCAAUGAAACGCAUACGAAAACAAGUUCUGGGAGACGCCUUCUAGAAGAUGACACUUCAAAAGGUUCCCAGGAAGGUAGCUCUGAUUCAAAAGAGAAUGCUAAGGAAGCUACCGUGGAAAAUGAUCAAGGGUUAGAAGCAGAUGCAGAUUCAUCUUUUGAUUUAUUCCGUGAUAGUGAUGAGUUGGCUGAUGAAUAUAACUAUGAUUAUGAUGAUUAUGUUGAUGAGUCCAUGUGGGGAGAUGAGGAAUGGGUGGAAGGACAACAUGAGAAACUGGAGGAUUAUGUGAAUAUUGAUUCUCACAUCUUGUCUACUCCUGUCAUAGCAGACAUUGAUAAUGAUGGUGUAUCAGAAAUGAUUGUUGCUGUUUCCUACUUUUUUGAUCAUGAGUACUAUGACAACCCUGAGCAUAUGAAGGAACUUGGAGAUAUUGAUAUUGGAAAAUACGUUGCUGGUGGUAUUGUUGUAUUCAAUCUUGAUACAAAGCAGGUUAAGUGGACAAAAGAUUUAGAUUUGAGCACAGAUACUGCCGACUUCCAUGCACAUAUAUACUCUUCACCAAAUGUUGUUGAUUUGGAUGGUGAUGGAAACUUGGACAUCCUUGUGGGAACUUCAUUUGGUUUGUUCUAUGUAUUGGAUCACCAUGGAAAUGUCAGAGAAAAGUUUCCUCUUGAAAUGGCAGAAAUUCAAAGUGCUGUAAUUGCAGCUGAUAUCAAUGAUGAUGGCAAGAUAGAGCUAGUGACGACAGAUACACAUGGGAAUGCUGCUGCAUGGACUGCACAAGGGAAAGAAAUUUGGCAAGUUCACGUGAAGAGUCUAAUUCCCCAGGGUCCUGCUGUUGGUGAUGUUGAUGGAGAUGGCCACACAGAUGUUGUAAUUCCCACAUUAUCGGGGAAUAUUUAUGUUCUGAGUGGAAAGGAUGGUUCAGUGGUUCGUCCAUAUCCGUAUAGAACUCAUGGGAGAGUAAUGAAUCAAGUUCUUCUAGUGGACUUAAGUAAACGAGGGGAGAAAAGCAAGGGACUCACUAUUGUUACAACAUCCUUCGAUGGUUAUCUGUAUCUGAUAGAUGGACCAACAUCAUGUGCUGACGUUGUAGAUAUCGGUGAAACUUCGUAUAGCAUGGUGUUAGCAGACAAUGUUGAUGGUGGUGAUGAUCUAGAUCUUAUCGUUACAACUAUGAAUGGAAAUGUCUUUUGCUUCUCGACCCCUGCCCCGCAUCAUCCUCUCAAGGCAUGGAGAUCAAAUAACCAAGGAAGAAACAAUGUCGCAAACAGGUACAACCGUGAGGGCGUCUACGUUACCCAUUCAUCCCGAGCUUUCCGUGAUGAGGAAGGCAAAAGCUUCUGGGUGGAGAUUGAGAUUGUGGAUAAACAUAGAUAUCCUUCAGGGUUCCAAGCACCUUAUAAUGUCACAGUAAGCCGCCAUUUCACACACAAAUCGCUAAAAGUGAUUCAGACAACAUUGUUAGUCCCGGGUAACUACCAAGGAGAAAGAAGGAUAAAGCAAAGCCAGAUCUUUGAGCGUCCGGGAAAAUAUCGGAUUAAACUUCCAACGGUAGGGGUGAGGACUACAGGGACUGUUGUUGUGGAAAUGGUUGAUAAAAACGGACUCUAUUUCUCAGACGACUUCUCCCUCACAUUCCAUAUGUAUUACUACAAACUGCUGAAGUGGCUUCUUGUCAUACCAAUGCUUGGGAUGUUCGCUGUGCUAGUCAUCUUUCGCCCACAGGAAGCCAUGCCUUUGCCGUCAUUCUCCCGAAACACUGACUUGUGACAACUGUACCGAAUUUGAGCCUCAACACGUGCUAUACUUCACAUCACUUAAAUCAAGGCCCCUGAUAUAAGAUGUCUUUUAAGUCUUAGUUACAGAGAGAGAUAGAGAGACAGACUACCUCAAGUUUGAUUUUUCUGUUGUCUAAAAUGUUGGCCUUUACAACGUAUUUGAUUAAGGAUGUCGAAAAUUGUAAUAUUGUUGCGGAAUUUGAGGUUCUUUUUAGAGGUAGUCAAAAAGUUAAUUUUGACACGCUGCUUUCUGCAGUGAUGUGAAGCAAUGUCGACCGGUUUUUGCCCCAA